GUUCACACUGAAGCGAGGGAGAGAGGAAGAGGGAGCGCUGCCGGAAGCAGCGGAGCGGCGGCGCUGGGAGCCCGCGGUGCCCCGCGGUCAGCAUGUAGCUGGGUGACAGCCGCCGGAGCGCGCCGCCUCCGCCGCCAAGGGCAGCCUGCCUCGCCGCCGGUGCGGCGGGCGCUGAGGGGGCCGGUGCGGCGGGUCGGGAGCCUCUCCGGGGAGGCGGAGGGGGCGGCAGCCGCGCUCCGCCUCGCCUCUCCGUCCCCCCACUCUGCCCUCAGCGCCGUCUCUCGGCGCGGCCCUCCCUCAGCCGCCCGCCCCUCCGCCGCCGGUCGGGGGGCAGCGGCCGCCGCCGCUGCCAUGGGGCUGCCCACGCUGGAGUUCAGCGACUCCUACUUGGACAGCCCGGAUUUCAGGGAGCGCCUGAAGUGUCACGAGAUCGAGCUGGAGCGGACGAACAAGUUCAUCAAGGAGCUGAUCAAGGACGGCAGCCUUCUCAUCGGGGCUCUGCGGAAUUUAUCCAUGGCAGUGCAAAAAUUUUCACAGUCUUUACAAGAUUUCCAGUUCGAGUGUAUUGGAGAUGCUGAAACUGAUGAUGAAAUUAAUAUUGCCCAGUCGCUGAAAGAGUUUGCUCGGCUCCUGAUUGCCGUUGAAGAGGAGAGGAGACGACUGAUCCAGAAUGCUAAUGAUGUGCUAAUAGCACCACUGGAGAAGUUUCGUAAAGAGCAAAUAGGAGCAGCAAAAUCUCCACUGGAUGGGAAGAAGAAGUUUGACAAGGAAAGUGAGAAGUAUUAUUCCAUCCUAGAGAAACACUUAAAUUUAUCAGCAAAGAAGAAAGAAUCUCAUUUGCAAGAUGCAGAUACACAGAUUGACAGAGAACAUCAAAACUUUUAUGAAGCAUCAUUAGAAUACGUUUUUAAAAUUCAAGAAGUACAAGAGAAAAAGAAAUUUGAAUUUGUAGAACCUCUCUUGGCCUUUCUUCAAGGAUUAUUUACAUUUUACCAUGAAGGAUAUGAACUGGCUCAGGAGUUUGCACCAUACAAGCAGCAACUGCAGUUCAAUUUGCAGAACACCCGGAAUAACUUUGAAAGCACAAGACAGGAAGUGGAGAGACUCAUGCAAAGAAUGAAGUCAGCCAACCAGGAUUACAGACCACCAAGUCAGUGGACAAUGGAAGGCUAUCUCUAUGUGCAGGAGAAACGACCUCUUGGAUUUACAUGGGUAAAACAUUACUGCACUUACGAUAAAGGAACAAAGACAUUUACAAUGAGUAUAGCUGAAACAAAAUCUAGUGGAAAAGUGAACGGCCUAGUCACAAGCUCACCAGAAAUUUUCAAGCUAAAAUCUUGCAUCAGGAGAAAGACAGAUUCAAUUGACAAACGUUUCUGUUUUGAUAUUGAAGUAUUUGAGAGACCUGGAAUCAUCACACUGCAAGCUUUUUCAGAAUCCAACCGAAAACUUUGGCUCGAAGCUAUGGAUGGAAAGGAACCAAUCUACACACUGCCAGCCAUUAUUAGCAAGAAGGAAGAGAUGUUCUUAAAUGAAGCAGGUUUCAACUUUGUGAGGAAAUGUAUUCAUGCUGUAGAAACAAGAGGUAUUACAAUCCUGGGGCUGUACAGAAUAGGUGGUGUAAACUCAAAGGUGCAAAAGCUGAUGAAUACCAUAUUUUCUCCUAAAUCUCCUCCUGAUAUGGAUAUUGAUAUGGAACUUUGGGACAAUAAAACAAUAACAAGUGGACUAAAAAACUACCUCAGGUGUCUUUCAGAACCACUGAUGACUUUCAAGCUGCACAAAGAUUUCAUUGUUGCUGUUAAGUCAGAUGAUCAGAACUACAGAGUUGAGGCAGUGCAUGCACUUGUGCAUAAGUUACCAGAGAAGAACAGAGAGAUGCUGGACAUCCUUAUCAAGCACUUGGUCAAGGUAUCAUUACACAGUCAGCAAAAUCUAAUGACUGUAUCCAACCUUGGUGUUAUCUUUGGACCAACUCUGAUGAGAGCCCAAGAAGAAACCGUGGCUGCUAUGAUGAACAUUAAGUUUCAGAAUAUCGUCGUUGAAAUUCUGAUAGAGCAUUAUGAAAAGAUAUUUCACACUGCACCAGACCCCAAUAUUCCUCUUCCCCAACCUCAGUCCCGAUCAGGUUCAAGAAGGACAAGAGCAAUUUGUCUCUCCACAGGUUCACGUAAACCCAAAGGAAGAUAUACACCAUGUCUAGCAGAUCCUGACAGUGACUCGUACAGCAGUAGCCCAGACAGCACUCCCAUGGGCAGCAUUGAAUCUCUCUCUUCUCACUCCUCUGAGCAGAACAGCACCACCAAAUGCACACCCUCACAGCCCAGGGAGAAAUCAGGAGGGAUUCCAUGGAUUGCCUCUCCUGCUUCUUCUAAUGGCCAGAAGAGUUCAGGCCUCUGGACUACUAGUCCAGAAUCCUCAUCAAAGGAGGAUGCAGCCAAAACAGAUGUGGAGUCAGACUGCCAAAGUGUAGCUUCUGUCACUGGACCAGAGAAUGCCUCUCCACCAACAGACCUGACCAAAAAGACUUCUUACAGUCUGUCUGGUCUGAAAAGGUCUUCAGCAUCUUCCCUUAGAUCAAUUCCAUCAGCUGAAGGUAACAAAAGCUGCAGUGGAUCUAUACAGAGCUUAUCCUCAACAGAUACCAAAGACACAUCAAAGGCUCCACCAAACCCUGAUUUGCCUCCCAAAAUGUGCAGGAGAUUAAGAUUAGAUACUGCAUCAAGUAAUGGCUAUCAAAGACCAGGAUCUGUAGUGGCUGCAAGAGCGCAGUUGUUUGAAAGUGCUGGUUCAUUUAAACAAGUUUCUUCAGGACGACAAGCAAAAGCCAUGUAUUCCUGUAAGGCUGAGCAUAGUCAUGAGCUGUCCUUCCCACAGGGGGCAAUAUUUUCCAAUGUGUAUCCAUCUGUGGAACCAGGCUGGUUAAAAGCAACUUAUGAAGGCAAAACAGGACUCGUUCCUGAGAAUUACGUUGUCUUCCUCUAGUAAUCUUUAGUGGACAGCAAUAUCUUCAUGGUAUCCAUGGUAACAAAUAAUAAGCACUAUGAUUUUUAUCUGACACAGAUAUGGGAUCAGCCCAUUAGCUGAGCAGUAGAUUUCCUUCAGAUACUACAGCUGCAGGUAACACAGCUCCCUAUCAAUGGAACAGAAUGUAAUGAAACAGUUAACAGUUUCUGUACUGAAGACGGUACUCUGUUUAAAUAACUUCCAUUGUUUGCAAAAGGUUGUUCUGUUCUUCUUUUAUGGGUAGGGAACACUAGAGCAAUAAAAUCAAAAAACUUGCUAUUUAGCUGCAGACUUUUAGGUCCUAGGAUGUUGCUCACAGAAUAGUGAAAUUUAGAGGCAAUGCACUCUGACAUUUCUUGCAAUCUAUGUUUUUUAAUAUGGAAAAUUGUAUUUUUUUUCAUAAUGUAAAUAAUGCUUCUAUUGUGAUCUGAAUUCUCCCUUAGAAAACUUGAUUCUAAAAUUAGUCCUAAUCAUUUCAAAUAAGAAAUGAGUUUUCCAUAAAUCAGAAGUUUGAACUUCUGUUAGUUAUUGAGAUUACAGUAUGGUAUAGAAUCCAUGCAACUGAUCAUAAAAUCAGUUUAUACACUGCCUGAGCAGUAAGUGCUCAUUCAAAAUGUGAUAUUUUUAAUGAAUAUUUCAUUCAAAUACUUCUUAGAUUUGUUUCAUUCUUUCUCUAUCAGUGUAGAUAAUAUUAAUAACUUUCAUUUCUAUGACACCCAUCAUCUGGAAGGUAUUCUCAGAACAACAUCUGUAGAAAACAAGGAGAUGCUGAAUCUGGAAUGGUUGGUAGUCAUGUGAAUUGAGCAGUGAAAAACAGCAGUAUGUUUUGAAACCUGAGAUAAAUUGUAACUGGGUCCUUUUCCAACUUUUUCCAUUGCAAGUCAGACAAAUGGCCUGUGCAGUACUUAAUUUUUAUAAGCUAUAAAUGCUGAAAGCUCUGUGGUAGCAGUAGAAGUAUUUAGUAUUAUUUCUCCUGAUUUCUGCUAAACUAUUUGACAAAGACUUCUCCCCUUCCACAGAACAAAAAAGACUUACUUUUCAAAGGUUCUGUAACGACCCAUUCAUUGCUCCUGGUAGGACUGAAAAAAAAAAAAAAAAAAAAAAAAGAAACAACUCCAAAGAAAAACCCAAAAC